CACAUCUCUGCUGAUUGGUUGAACGGGUUUUUGGCAGCUUGCCAAAGACUGAAGGAAGAGAAGAGUUAGGACGACAUAUUUGAAGAGAACAACGAAAAAAGUAAUAAACGAGAACAUAUUGAACCACUAAUGAAACUCAGAUGGUGUUCCUGUUUUGGAUUUGACGUCUCUCUUCCUCCCAAAUCUGACUGAGAUGUCUUCAGUCCAUAGAAACUUAGAUCCUGCCGGAUACAAUGAUGUUGAGAAAACUUUUGACAGUUCAGUUGACGAUACUUGUGUUCAGUGUCUUCAGAGGACAUACCCUCACAUGUCAUCGAACAGAGUAUGAGAACGGGGAUCUAUGCUGUCCUAGGUGUCCUGCUGGAAGUCGAGUUAGAAAACAUUGCAAAGAGUUCGGUACUUCCUGUUUGAAUUGUGAUGAGGGAACAUUCAUGGAUCAACCUACAGGACUUACAGAAUGUUUUCCCUGUGCACGCUGUGAUUCAGGUUCUGGUUUAAAGAUAAAGACAGCAUGUAGGACUACAUCAGAUACAGUUUGUGAACCACUGGAGGGAUUCUACUGUAAGGACUCUUCAGAAAAAGGCUGUGUGGAAGCACAGAAACACAGAAGCUGUCAACCAGGACAAUAUAUCAGCCAAAAUGGAACAGUAUUAAGGGACACUGAGUGCUCUGACUGCAGUGAUGGAACAUUUUCAGAUGGGACAUUAUUGACAUCGUGUCAGCCACACACACAAUGUCAACAUCAGCUGAUAAAACCAGGAACUGCUUCAACGGAUGCUGAAUGUGGAGAACAAAGUUCAGGAGCUGUGAUUGUCAUUGUGGUGCCUGUGAUAUGUUUAGUGGUGGCUGGAAUAUCUCUACUUGUCGUGUUGAUUCUCAGAAAGAAGGGACGAUGUAAAUACACAGUAAAAAGGAAUGCAGACAAUCAACAACAGUACUUCAAAAAGAAUAAACAUCCACAUGAAGAAGAACAGCUGGGAGUGGCUGUGAUAAAUGAACACAGAGACAGUUCAUCGGACACUGCAGAGGAAAGUUCCAGCAAGUCACGGACUAAGUAUGUAACGGCUCCAGGCUCUUCACUCAUAACUUCUGCUCCAUCUCUCUCACCUGUACAUGUUGCUGCUUGUACAGUGAGCUCCCCUUGUGUGGAACACCUUAAAGGCCAACAUCUUCCCAUCCCUGUCAUUACAAGCCACAGAUCACACAGACAUCAUGUGUCUGAAGGCAGGUAUCAUCAGAGAUCAAACACCUGGCCCUUGCCCCCGCGGCCUCUUGCCUCUACUGAAGCCACUCCUGACCAAGCUUCUGUCAGGACGGCUCUGCUCAACGCUCGCUCCCUUACCAGCAAGACAUUUCUUCUCAAAGAUGUAUUUUUUUAGGGAAAUUUUGGAUUUUUGGAUCCUUACUGAAACCUGGUAGAGGAAUACCGAGUAUUCGUCCAUCAUUGAACUUUGUCCUGCAGACUGUAGCUUCAUCAGGACACCGAGGCUGUCAGGCCGUGAUGGUGAUCUGGUAGUGAUUUUUAGAAAUAGUUUUAAUUAUCAGUUGGUUAGCACCGACACUGUCCCCUCAUUUGAACUCAAUAUGACUCGGAAAAAA